GAGGCAGCACCCGACUGUCCCACACAGACCCAGCCAACACACACUGCUGUUUCAUGGCACUAAUGGAUAGGAAAUACAAGUGCUAGUAGGUUGAGCUGAUGAAACGCCGACAUAUAUAUUUGUAAGCAAAUUAUCACUUAAUAACACUCCAUUUACUGGGUUCAACAUUACAUCCUUGUUUUCCUCUUGAGUCUACCGGUGUGUAGACAGCUAUGGGUGGGCUGGGAAAUGUACGUCGUGGAGGAAGAUCACCCCCUCUAAUGAUCGGCGCUCUAAUUGCCUGUAUCCUGGUUCUGGGUUUUAACUACUGGGUGUCAAGCUCCCGCAACGUGGAGCUAGAGACUAAGCUGUAUGAGUUGGAGGGCCAGGUGCAGCGUGGGGCAGCAGAGAGAGGAGUAGUGGAGCUGAAGAAGACUGAGUUCCAGGUGGAAAUCCAGAGACAGAAGGAGCAGAUUAGCCACAUAGAAAGCCUCUACAAGAGACAACUGGAAGGAUCUCAGAACAUCUGCAGCCAAGAGAAGGGCACACUGCUGCAGAACAUUUCCUCCAGUACCAAAAGCAUACAGGAACUCAAGGGUCAGGUGAAUCAGCUGAACGACGACCUGGGGAAGGUUCAGAAGGAGCUGCAAAGUUGCCAAGGCAACAUCAAAAACCUCAACAACAGACUCACUUAUGACAUGACCCAUUGCCAGUCUCAGGUCCUGUCCCAGAAGGAGCUGUGUGAUGAGAGAGUUGCUGCUGCUAAACUUGAAGUUCAGAAGAAAAUGGAAAAGCUCAUCACCCCCUCAGGUGUUUCCUCAAAGUCGGAACAUGCAGUGGCUGAAGCCUCAAAAGAAGACGGAGGAGUCACGACUGGGGCUGAUGCCGUUAAAACAGAAACUCUAGAGGGCAACACGACUCUCUCUCAGCCCAACGAAGAGGACCCAUCCGAACUACUGACCAAUGAGAUCGUCGUGGACAAAGGUCCUAAUACCCCAGUAGACCUGCCUACAGGAAAAGAUCUCUCCAAAAUUGAUUCCCAGUCCAUCCCCUCGGCGGCUGCAGUCAAGCAGGAAACUUUGCUACCACCAGAGGGAGCUGUCCUACCUCAGGAGGGGGAGGCAGAGACCAGUGAGCCUGUAAAGAACAACCUCACAGAGGACAAAGAGAUGGAGGUGAUGGACGUCCAUGGAGAGGACACUCAGACUGAAGAGGCAGACCCUGUGAUGGACGGCAUGCUGAUGAGCCGGGUGAAGGUAGAGGACGCUCCUCUCAGUCAGAAACCUGAGGAGCCAGAAGAUUAUGACGCAGACGAGCAGGUGGUGGGCGGAGUCGAUUUGGAGAAACAACGGCGGAGUAAACUAGCUGAAAAUAUAGACAAAGACAUGGAGGAGGAGCUGGCUGACUAUAACGGAGACGAUGAGAACGAAGGCGAGUUUGAAGCAGACAAACAGGCUGAGCUCGCCCAGACCUAAGGGCCAGAGUUGGAGAAGGAGCUUGCACAUCAAACACCUCAGCAACACAGCAGCAGACAGGUUCUCCGAACACAGUGAGCACAAACAAAACCAGAGGAACAUCUUUAUAGGAAAGACUUUGGACUUUAGUUUUGAUUGAUUUAAAGAAUCAUUUGCUUUUUGGAAUGUUUUUUUAAUUGUUCAUCUCUAAAACGAUUAUGUACAAUUUAUUUAAUUACAAUUGUCAUUUUAUAGCUUGCAAGUUUUCUGUAUCAGAGUAAGCAUAUUUAAGAUUUCAUGUUCAAAUCUCAAAUAUGCAAAUGUCAGUCAAACAUGUACAAUUAUGGUUUCUAAUUGCUAUCAUUCACUGUAUACAUGUAACCCCAUGGUGUUUUUAUUGUGAUGAUUGUGCUCACAUUGAUUUCAGUAUGAAAAAGUAAUAUGAAAGUACCUAAGUACUACCGCUCAGGGGCGCCGUAAGGGGGUGAAAAGUUAGGAUGAUUCUAAGGGCCCGUGACUGACAGGGGCCCCAAAACAUUUUAGAACAUUAAGAAAAAAAUGUUUAAGUAACCUUUCAUCAAUCAUCAAUAAUUAACAUUAAUAUAAUGUCAUAUUGAUGAUGUACUCUCUAAACUUAUGAUUCAUUUAACUUAUUUUCUUCCAAAAGUUAAUUAUCCAAAGCAUCGAACACCCCCCUCUAUUUACAUGUAAUGGUUUGGUCCUGCCUCCAAACGCUGUGCAGCACCGGCCCUUUCUAGCAGAGAGACUAGUGAGAGCAGGUGAGGAGGGAUGCUAGUACUUACGUGUGUACGAUGUCUCAACGACUAACAAAGUCAGGCUUUCAAGAAAGAAAAGAAAGGAGAGAAAGACAAGAGAGAGGGACUAAAGGGCCACAGUAUGUCACCCAGUUUUUCAAAAGAAAAGGUGGGUGUGGUCCAUGAGUGGUGGAAAUUAGUCUGUUGGCUAAGCGUAGUCCAUUGUAAAUAAUAAUUGUAAUGUUUUGCUGACAUUAAAGGUGGGGUAUAGGUACGUUUGAGAAACCGGCUCGAGAUACACUUUUUGUUAUAUUGCAUGGAAUGCUCUUAACAUCCCGAUAGCAAUGAAUAUCUUAAGUGCUUUGACAAAAAAUCCAUUACCUGUACAGGUAGUUAUUUAAAGCAUAAAUGAGUCGGUUGGGUUCUGAAGGUGUGGUUACAGCAUUGUGCUUUGUUGGCGUGGCCUGGGUCUGGUGGUUGGGCCCAAUGUGAUAUAUUUUCAUGGGGCCCAAAAUCCCUGGCGGCACCCCACUCCUGGUGUUGGUUAAGUGUUAUUUAAGACAUUUCAAGACUUGACUUGGAAAGAUUGAACAUUUCAACAUUGCUGGGAAUUACUAGGCUUUGACCAUGUGAUUAAAUGUGUGUAUUAUGUUCACUCCAUAAUGACUGUAACUUGAAUGAUGACACAAAUGUGAUGAUGGUGUGCAGACCCUUAAAGGGCCAUGGUGUGUAUUACUGUAAUGUGCUGACUACGGGUCAAUGGCUGGAAUAUGUUAUUUAACAAAAGGUCUGUCAGAGAACGCAAAUGAGGUUUUCCAGAACUGUAGCAAAUGAAGGAGAGUGCUGAGAUUCUAGUUGGACUGCUGAGUACAUCUGUGUCAUUAUGAGGCAGCGGCUUUUCAAGUAAUGUGUAACAGGACAUUUUAGAUCUAUGAGAAAUCAUGUCUAGAUUGUCGCUUGAUUGAAUUUGGGAUCAACAUCUGGGAUCAUUUAGAAAAAAAACAGAUUAUAAUGAAGCGAGUUAUUUGAAACAUUUGUACAUUAUUGUCUCAUGCCUUAUUGAUUGUGUGUACAUAUGGAGUCAGAUUUGGGUCAAUAUUCUAGCGCGAAAAACAAGCUACUCACGAGCGGAAAAUGUGCUUUUACACGCGCAUGAAAUGACCCUCGAGCGCAGAUUAGACCCCCGCAAGUAUGGAAAGCCAUUUGCGCCAUUAUUCGCACGAAUUAACGGAGAGGUCCGUUUAUUCGCGCAAAUUAACGGGGAGGUCCGUUUAUUCGCACGAAUUAACGGAGAGGUCCGUUUAUUCGCGCGAAUUAACGGGGAGGUCCGUUUAUUCGCGCGAAUUAACGGGGAGGUCCUGUUUAUUCGCGCGAAACUACGCGCGAAUAAACGGGGAGGUCCGUUUGAGUUCAAAGUUUCAGUAACCAAUCAGUUAAGAGCAAGACCAAAGCAAUCUGUAGAUGAAAAGUUCCUGACAUUGUGAGGCUGUAAAUUGUACGUUAUUCCAGAUUCAGGGGACUAUGUGUUAAUUUGCCUUUCAAUAUAAUAAAUAUAUCAAUCAAUAUAA